AUGUACGAAGGGAUUGACAACCUGAAAUCCCUUUACGACCGUGCCGGGAAGACUUUCUCCGGCGGUCCUUCUGCGGCACAGGAUGUGUCGCGUCGUACUGCUCGACCAGACCCAGUACGUCAACCAUCAAUUGGGAGCGGGGCUCCCAAGAAUCCCAGGACGGGGGAUAGCCGCGCCACCGGACGAGGUAACUCGUCCGACGUCCGUUCACGUCGCGGUGGUUCAACAGCUGCUCUACCAGAUAGCGCUGGCCACCGCGAGAGUCCUCUAAUGGAGGUGGAGGAGGAGGAAAGACGCUCUCCACACGAUCAUGUGGAUCGGUGUGUUCCCGAGAGCUUCUUUGAUCGCGUAACGCAAGGGUUACGCGACGAUCUCGAGCAUGAGCGGAAUAGGCGUCUCCAGAUGGUGGACACUGCCUCGAAGCAUCGAGCUGAGUUUGCCUUUGCUCAGCUUGAGAACGAGAGAUCUCUGACAUCUCUUCGUGACGAGCUAAGGGUAGCUCGUGGGAUUGUUGAUCGGUCUCAGGCUGAGAUAACUGCUCUUCAGACCCUUGUUGAUGCCCACCAUCGGGAGCACAAGGCUCUCUGCGAGAUGCUUGAGCGCAAGGGCGUUCUUCAUCGGAAGAAGCAGCGUACUGAUGGUACGGCUUAA